AUGCGCACCCUCCUAAAACCACUUCUGGCACAAGAUCCACGCUUCGUUUCAUUCUAUGCACCAAUUUUUCAGUCCUUGACUGGCAAGAACUUGCUGAAACUAGGCCAACAAGUCCACGCCCAGAUGGCCCUACGCGGGUUCGAACCCGAUGCAUAUCUCGGCGCCAAGAUGGUCGCAAUGUAUGCAAGCUCAGAUGAUCUCGACUCAGCUGUCGCUAUCUUCCACAGAGUAAACAACCCAUCAACGCUUCUGUAUAAUUCGAUCAUUCGGGCGUAUACGCUACAUGGGUUCUCUGAGGAAACCAUGGAAAUCUAUGGCAGAAUGCAUUGUUUAGGGCUUAAAGCAGACAACUUUACGUACCCUUUUGUUCUCAAGUGUUGUGCGGAACUGUCGAGGAUUUGGAUUGGAAAAUGUGUUCAUGGGUUGAGUUUGAAAGUUGGGUUGGAAUCUGAUAUGUAUGUUGGGACUUCUUUGAUCAACAUGUAUGUGAAAUGCUGUGAUAUGAGCGAUGCACGUAGGCUGUUCGAUAAAAUGACUGUGAGAGAUGUUUCAUCUUGGAAUGCGUUGAUUGCCGGGUACAUGAAAGAUGGGGAGAUUUGUCUUGCUGAGGAUUUGUUUGGGAAAAUGCCGGGCAGAAAUAUUGUUUCUUGGACGGCUAUGAUAUCGGGGUACACUCAAAAUGGGCUUGCGGAGCAAGCAUUGUUUUUGUUUGAUGAGAUGUUGAAGAAAGAUUCUAAGGUUAAGCCGAACUGGGUGACGAUAAUGAGUGUUCUUCCUGCAUGUGCACAUUCAGCUGCCCUCGAGCGAGGGAGAAAAAUUCACAACUUUGCGAGCAGGAUUGGUUUAGAGUCUAAUGUUUCCAUACAGACAGCACUCCUCGCAAUGUAUGCUAAAUGUGGGAGCCUCUUGGAUGCUCGUCAGUGUUUCGAAAGAGUACGUGGAACUCAAAAUAAUUUAGUUGCAUGGAAUACAAUGAUAACAGCUUAUGCCUCACAUGGACGCGGAUCAGAAGCUGUUUCCACCUUUGAGGACAUGAUUGUGGCCGGGGUUCAACCUGAUAACAUUACAUUCACAGGGUUGUUAUCAGGAUGCAGCCAUUCAGGGCUCGUCGAUGUUGGCCUAAAAUACUUCGAUUACAUGAAAAGAGUAUACUCUGUCGAACCAGGGGUUGAACAUUAUGCUUGUGUUGUUGAUCUUCUGGGUCGUGCAGGGCGCUUGGCAGAAGCUAAAGAUCUUAUAAGUAAAAUGCCAAUGCAAGCAGGGCCAAGCAUUUGGGGUGCAAUGUUAUCGGCUUGUCGGAAACACCAUAACUUGGAAAUUGCCGAAAUUGCAGCAAGAAGUCUAUUCAUCUUAGAACCAGAAAAUAGUGGCAAUUAUGUCAUGCUGUCAAACAUAUAUGCUGAAGCCGGCAUGUGGAAGGAAGUGGACAAUUUGAGAGUUCUUUUGAAAGCUCAAGGCGUGAAGAAGAACCCUGGAUGCAGUUGGACAGAGGUCAAUGGGAAAGCUCACUUGUUUCUUGGUGGAGAUACAUCUCACCCUCAAGCAAAAGAAAUUUACGAGUUCUUGCUGGACGAGUUACCGAAGAAAAUUAAGGCAGCCGGUUAUGUACCUGACACUAGCUUUGUUUUGCAUGAUGUUAGUGAAGAGGAGAAAGAACAUAGCCUGACAACCCACAGUGAAAAGCUUGCCAUUGCCUUUGGACUUCUUAAUACUAGUCCUGGACUAGUUCUUCGAGUGACCAAGAACCUUCUGUGA